AUGCUCUCUGCAUGCAUAGCUCUUGGGACAAAGCUACAUUUAUUCGAUGCUCUGGCAAAGGUUGGAAGCGAGAGUAGCCCCGCCACCGCUGCUCAAGUCGCAGAUGAGAGCGGCUGCAAAGAAAGGUAUGUGAAAGAAUGGUUAGCUGCGAUGGCAACUGCUGAUAUAAUAUCUGUCACAGAAGAUGAGAAAUUUUUCAUCAAAAAAGAGAAUAUCAGUGUCCUGACGAGCACCAUGGCGGUUAUGGCAAAUUCUCUACUUCCAAACUUUCUGAAACCAUAUGACAAGUUGUGCCAAGUAAUUAAAAAGGAUGGACCAUUGGGACUGGACUACUCCGACUAUACAGCAGAAUGUUUUGAUGUAAUAGCUAAACUCAGUGAAGCGGCUCACAUAGAUCAUCUUAUCCCGCACAUCAUUCCUGCUCUUGGAGAAGAUGUAAAGAAACGUCUGGAGGAGGGUGGAUUGACGUGCUUAGACAUCGGUUGUGGCAAAGGAAUCCAUGCUUUCCGUUUGGGUAUGUUCUAG